UACCGCACCUCCACCACUACCACCACCACCACCACCGAUCAGCCGCAUACCCAAGCCCCGUCCAGAGACUGCGUUCGUGUCUUCUGGCCGAUGACCCCCGCUUCCGUCAUCGCGGAAGCCGAUCCCUCAACUGGCGCUUGCCCGCAGAAUACCCACUGUGAGGAGGGAAGGACCACUAACGGACAGCACGGCCUCUUCUGCAUCGGCAACGGAUAUGUCGAUCCAAAUCGUCUUACCGUGCCGUGGUAUUUCGUU